AUGAGCCAGCAACUCAACAAGAGCCAGAACUGCUCCUUCAGGGACGUGGAUGAGCUGAUGAAAACCGUGCAGCUGGUGGUCCAUAUCCCCACCUUCCUCCUGGGCCUCCUCCUCAACGUGCUGGCCAUCCGAGGCUUCAGCUCCUUCCUGAAGAAGAGGUGGCCAGAUUAUGCCGCCACCUCCAUCUACAUGAUCAAUCUGGCCAUCUUUGACCUGCUGCUGGUGCUGUCCCUUCCUUUCAAGAUGGCGCUGUCCAACGUGCGUGCUCCCCUUCCUUUCUUCUGUACCCUGGUGGAGUGCUUCUACUUCAUCAGCAUGUAUGGGAGUGUCUUCACCAUCUGCUUCAUUAGUCUGGACAGAUUCUUGGCCAUCCAGUACCCGUUCCUGGUCAGCCACCUCCGGUCCCCCAGGAAGAUCUUGGGGAUCUGUUGCACCAUCUGGGUCCUGGUGUGGGCCGGGAGCAUCCCUAUCUACAGCUUUCAUGGGAAAGUGGAAAAGUACACAUGCUUCCACAACAUGUCCGAUGGCACCUGGAGUGCCAAGGUCUUCUUCCCCCUUGAGGUGUUCGGCUUCCUUCUUCCCAUGGGUGUCAUGGGUUUCUGUUCCUCCAGGAGCAUUCACAUCCUGAUCAGCCGUCGAGACCUCACCCGGGACUGGGUCCAGCAGAAGGCCUGUGUCUGGACAAUCGCAGCCAGUCUGGCUGUCUUUGUGGUCUCCUUUCUUCCGGUCCACCUGGGUUUCUUCUUGCAGUUCCUGGUACGGAAUGGCUUUAUUGUGCAGUGCAGCGCUAAGCAGAACAUCAGCUUGUUCUUGCAGUUGUCCAUGUGUUUCUCCAACGUCAACUGCUGCCUAGAUGUCUUCUGCUACUACUUUGUCAUCAAAGAAUUCCGCAUGGACAUCAUGGCCCACCGGCCUUCCAGGGUCCAGCUGGUCCUCCAGGAUACCAUGAUCAGCAGGGGCUAA